UUGACUAAACUUGAGGCCUCGCUGCUUCAUACCAAGCAGAUUUUCAGUGAAGCGAGCGCCGAUAUUUCUCACCAGGCUUCUAUUCUGCGAGCUGAUAAUCCCCUCGGACUUUCUGUGGGCCCAUUGGAUCCGCGACACCUAGAGAAUCCACAUCUUCUUUUUUUAGGUCCACCUGCUCCUGUACUCGAUUUUAUUGAAGGUCCUAUGGUCGGACCUCCGGAUUCGAAACAUACUCCAGAGCAGCAUCCGACUCCGAAAUCAUCAGUCGAUGAUAGCCGGCCACCUCCUGCCAACAGUCCAGUGUUGGUCUUGCUAGAUGAUGAAGACUCUGGGUGCAUAGGGCACUCGUCACUUUUUCAUGCUUUGCCUUCAGCGUCUGAGCAGCGCGCAGCCCUCUCGGGCUCUUCCGGUCCUAAUUCCUCUUUAGUCGAUGAUUUAUUUGGACCUUCUCUUGAAGAAGGAUUGCCUGCCCCACUACUUCCCGCAGUCUCCAAUGCUUCAAUCUUUCAUGGGAAUGCUUCAGGAACUGGUUUACCCCAAUCCUAA